CUCAUCCACAAAUCACUCUAUGGCAUUGGGCCGACUAUUUCACUACGCGUUCGACGCUGUUUUGAUCUCUACUCUGGCCGCCGGUGUGCGCCGAUCGAGCGGGUUCAGGCAAGUAAACAUGAGAGCUCGCUGAUGACACGCACUCAGCCUUCUCUUGUUAGCCCGGACUCUACAAUUAUCACAGACCCCACUCUUCGCCCUUGGGGGGAUGUCUCCCAAUCCUAUUACGAUUCCAACGGCGUCUGCAGGACAGCACAGUGCCGUAAAUGUCUUGACUCGCCUGCAAAAUCUCUUCCCGCUAUCUCCGGCUGCUGCACAACACUCACUAAAUUCGACUGCAACCCCUCCAGUCUACACUCCGUCCCAGCUGCUCCCAAGUCUCUAAAAGUUCGCAUCGUAACAUGGAAUAUGCACGACUCUCUUCCUCAGGUGGGCCGAUACUACCUUGUACAUAUUUCGGGCCUCAGAGCAGUGAACCCAGGGCGAUUUAGAGGAACUCUUGGGGAAAGUCCCACUGUACACUACCAGCGAGGCUUCAGCCGACACCGCUUUCCCUCAACUUCGGCCGAUGAUGCCCAUCCUUACCAUCUGGUUAUUGUUGCCGGUCAGGAAUGUCCGUCCAUGCUGAGGAUUCCGAUGGGUCUCGGAGCUGGAUUCAAACUCAUUGAUCGUGAAAAGGACAAGGAAACGGACAAGCCACGGGAUCGAGAGGGUGAGGGGAGGGAACCCCUCGCUCAUCAUGAGGGCUUCGGAUGGACGUCUAUGAUUGAAGACUGGCUUUGUCAUGGUGUACGAGGCGCAUCCCCUACUCCGUCGGAUAUCAGUUCACCGAAACCUCUCGCCCCUCGAUCCUCGCCGAAGGAUAGGAGAGGACCGUACCAGCUCUUGGUAAAAGAGCGCAUGAUGGGGCUGUACCUCUCCGUCUACAUCCACCGUGAAUUGCGACCCUUCGUCAAAGGGAUAUCCCGAUCUGCAGUGACGGCCGGUCUGAUUGGCGGAAGAGUUGGGAAUAAAGGUGGUGUAGGUAUCAGUUUGGAUAUUGCAGGUAUGCCUGAAGCGUUGCUGGUGCACAUGGAAUGCCACAAGUACGACAGGAACCACAUUCCUAUUCAUCAAUGCGCAUCUUGCGGCACACGAGGGGAAAGUCAAUCACAGACUGGCGAACUUCGCAAAGAUCAAAAUCUGACAGACAAAUUCGAUUUCACCUUUCUCUGUGGUGAUUUGAACUUCCGUUUGGAUAUCACCAGACUGCAUGCAGACUGGUUAAUUUCUCGCCAAGACUACUCUCAAGCCCUCGCAUUCGACCAGCUGCGUAAAGCUAUGCAGAGUGGCGAGGCUUUUGCGGGAUUCCACGAAGCACCCAUCAAUUUCCCUCCAACCUUCAAGUACGAUGUUUUGCGCACAAUCAAACGUCCCCGCCGAGGUUCAAUGAUGGAGCGAUGGAAGCCUCCUGCGGAGCGAAGCACUCGAAUAACUGAGAUCGAGGAACAGUCUCGGGAAGAGGGUGACGAGAGCGACGGAGAAGCUGAAGCUGUUGAAGCGGGCGAGGCGGCUUCACUGUCGUCAUCUGUGUGGACUUCGAUGCACUCGAAGCACGGGACAGACGCAGACGAAGACUGUGCACAGCCUUCUCCUUCAUCUAACGGAAGGAGCUCAUUGAGCUCGCCUGCCAGCCGCUUGUCGCUCUCUGCAGCAGCUUCCAAGGCUAAAAACAAAUGGCUGGCGUUGGUAUCUCCAUCCUCACCCCAGCGAUGGUCAUUUGAUGGGGUUGGGCUGCCUCCGAGUCUCAAGCGCCUGAGCUCAAGCAAAUCCAAUGCAUGGAUCAGCGACGAGGAGGAGGACCAGGACGAGGACAAGGGUGUCUACGAUUCGUCCCACAAGAAACGAGUGCCCAGUUGGUGUGACCGUGUCCUGUGGAAGUCAACAGUCCAACUGCACGUAGAUUCAGAGGAGGACGAUGCUUCUGACUUUGGAUCCGGUCGACCUCGCACUCGUGUCGCUCAGUUUCUUGCGAAUGCGCUCAGGCCGCUUUCAUCGCGCACGAACAGUCGAAGAGGCUCGUACAGCUCCUUUGUGUCCAGUGCCUCAUCUGCUGAGGCCGCAUCUGUCUCAUCGCCACCGACCCCGGAGGAUGUUGACCUAGGACAGCAGGCUCCCUUCUCUCGGUUUGUCGCACGGAGCAGAUCCAGCGAGGCCAUUACUAUGUCUUCGCCACCAGGGUCUCAUCCCUCACCAAUAUCUCCUGGCCCUCGACCACGACGAGCCUCGCUGGUUCAUGAUCACCGAGCGGCCACUCCUUCUCGAUGGCGUUUCUUCCCCUCGUUUCUGAGUCACCCAUCCGCUCACAGCAGCGAUGGGCCGCCCUCCGAUGGGCCCAGACGGGGAGAAGUUUUUUGCACCAGUUAUCGGACUUUGGAUGAUCGAGGAAUGCGACGCUUAGAAGGUCGUAGUGACCAUAGACCAGUCAUCGGAACAUAUACCAUCUACAUUUAGAUCACAUUUAGAUACCCAUACUUCCCUGUAAUGCCAUAUUUGUACCAACAAUCACUCCCAUUCAGCCCUCAUGCAGGGCAUGUCUCAUGCGCGUGUGCAGUGUUGCCGAUUCCCUGACAGCUAACCAGGCUUCAACAAAUACUACCCGCCGGAUUUCUUCGAUAAUGUCGACAAACACGGGAGUUUGAACGCAUACAGAGGCAAGCACGCUCUAGGCGACCGGGCUAGAAAGCUCGACCAGGGAAUCCUCAUAACCCGCUUUGAGCUUCCGUUCAAUAUCUGGUGCGGGACAUGCAAUAACCACAUCGGAAUGGGUGUGCGAUACAAUGCGGAGAAGAAGAAAGUCGGCGCUUACUAUUCUACGCCCAUCUUCUCGUUUCGAUGUAAAUGUCAUCUAUGCGACGGUUGGUUCGAGAUCCAGACGGAUCCCAAGAAUACCCGCUAUGUCGUUGUUUCUGGUGCUCGUCAAAAGGAAGAGAAUUGGGAUCCGGAAGAAAACGGCGGCUUCGCUGUUCAUGACACGGAAGCGAGUGCCGCUCCUGUUGACCCUCUCGCCUCAUUAGAGAAGAGUUCGGAAGCACAGAAAGGUCUUGUAAAAGCCCAGGACCGAGUGGAAUCCUUGCAGGAGGUGUCAGAUCAUUUCAACGCGGAUCCCUUUGCGCACUCUCAGCGCAUUCGGAAGAAGUUCCGUCAGGAGAAGAAAGUGGAAUUGGCGAAGCGAAAAGCGGACGACGGGAUCCGGGAUCGCUACGGUCUCCCAGAAGAGUUGAGUCUUGUGGAGGAUGACGAGAGCACCAGGGACGAAGCGCGGAAGCAGUGGCUACAAAGCCGACAAGAGCUUGCCACGGCCCAAAGUAAACGGCGCAAACUGGGGGCGCCGGGAUUGAGCAGCACUGGCGGACUGGCUCAGUUGCGUGCUCGUGUCUUGCAAAGCACGGGUCGACGGCCACGGACUUGACUGUAUGCAUAGUACAAUUACAAUACGUAUAACAACCCAAUGCAAAUGAAAUCGAUAGCGAGAUAAAACAACAGAUACGAGUACAGAAAGCCGAUUAAACUAUUAAUGAAAUCCGAGGUGACUAGGGAUGGACAGCCCACGGCUGCUCGAGAGUUUGCAUUGGACUGUCCCAUUUCCACUGGCCGGAAUGGAAAUGUGCCGACUCGCCGCCGUCCACUUCCUUCCAGACUCCCAAGCGAAGAAAAUCGUUAUAAUCCUCCGGUUUUGGAUCCGUUUCCGAGAGAGACUCGGGGCUUGGAUUUGUUGAAGAUGUUGACGAUACCAGAUCCGGAGUGGCCGCCUUGGACUCGGACUCGGCCGCAUCUUCAUCCGGACCAAACGAAGAGAAGUCAAAAAACUCGACAAACUCGUCUGGGCCUGGCACCCUAAGCUCUCGCCCCCGACCGCAUCAAGCGAAAGCCCGUCUUCAGUCGCACCACCAAAGUCUUUAAAUAUAGUAUCUAGUGUUUCCGAGAAAUCGCGGGUGAUGCCUGAGUCCUGCCCGCUACUGUCGGAAGCCAUCUUGAACAAUUCGGUCAUCUGCUCAAGGAGGGUGGCACUGUCCUCCUCCGUCCGGGCCUUGUCGAACUGGUCGGCCCGUGCCUUCAGGGACUCGCUCGGAGGUCCAUCCCAUUCCGUCUUUUGCCGUUUGGGAGGAGAUGGCUCGACCAUCGAACUGGGCCCCGGAAUCGACUGUGGUGGCGAGGAAUCCUCUUCUCGGGCUCGUUUCCCUGGUGAUGGCGCGGUGACUGGCUCGGGCAUCGGGACUGGAGUCGAGGCAGGCUUGGCAUUCGACGGCUUCCGCUUGGGCGUUACUUUACUUUUGCCCUUGCCUUUUGGCGAUUUCGGCGCCUGCGGCGAAGCCAUGUCACGAGGAGUUGAAGGUGGAGGAGUCGGACUCGGCGCAGCAGGACUUGGCGCACCGGGGGUCUUCGUCUUGCGGAUCGGCGGGUCCCGCAAGUUCAUAGGUCUUGCCGCUGAUGGAGCACUUGCAGGUGGAAUCGGCCCAGGCCGAGGAGGCAUGGGUCCCGACAUGGAACCUGACAUCUGGCCCGAGAUUUGCCCCGGCAGUUGCGCUGGUAUCUGUCCAGGCAUUUGAGCUGGCAUUUGGCCCGGGAUCGGCCCUGGCAUCUGGCCUGGCAGCGGACCAGGGACUGGAUUUCCCUGUCCUGCGGGUUUGUUCACGAGGUUCGCUAGGAUCACCGAGAAAUUCUCGUUCAUCUGCUGCACCUGGGCCAGCAUGAGACGCAGAGAGUCCAGUGUCACCAAGUAGCGGGUGCUGCCCGAGGAGAUCAUUGCUCGUUGUUGGUAUGCAGUUUGGACCUGGGAUAAUGAGCACGAGAGCCAAGGCAAGAAAGCCGACUGACGAUAAUGACAAGCCUGCAUCCGUACUUGCUCGGUGCAGCUGUUCAAGCAAGGUGUUAUAGUCGGCCCGUUGUUCCGGCGGAAUCUCGAUGGGUGGUACAUUUUGCAUCAUCCGCUCAGGACUGAACUCUUGCUUGAGUUUGGUGAUUGUGUUGAUGGCAGCCUGCACUGUUUCUCGUGAUGGCCGGGUUAUUGACGCGAGAAGCCCACCUGGCCCAUUCAUGAGCUCGGCCAUGGGUCCGUGCGGACCGGGAAAAGGUCGAUUGACAUUCCCGGACAUCAUGGCACCGGACGGCGGAAAUCCUGGAUUCAUUCCGGUCUGUUCUCGAGGUCCAGCCAGCUGAUGUCGGAAGUUGCCUUGCUCGGCAGCAUUGCGCGCCAAAGUCGCCCGAUGAUUCUCCACAAACAUGAUCAUGUUCUCCGGGAUGUUCCGCCGACGAAGCUCAGCAGCAGAAAGAUGCGCAUAACUCAUGAUCAUCUGCAUCUGCUGCUGAUUCACAUGCUGGAUCGGGAGCUGAGGACCGGCGUUCCCUGCAGCGCCUGGUACAAUUCGUUGGGUCGCAUUGACCGCCUCCGCUUUCCUUCGGCUUUCCAUCACUGUGCUGAUGUAGACGUUGUCGAAGGAAGCGAGAUAUUCUUUAUAGAUGUGGAAGAGCUGCUGUGCGACCAUGGGACCGGACUUCGGUGGCUCCUGGUCGGUGCCUGGGAAUUGAACGAAGCCCAUUCGCCCACCGAUGGUCGACCAGAGUUCCUUCUGCACUAUCUGGAGCGCACACUCAGAGACAUGAACACACGGGAAGCGAGAAACAUACUGCUUGCAGACCACCUUCUUGCAUCACAUGAGAAUGGAGUUCAUAGAGAUCGAGUUGCCGUGCCUCAAUCAUAAGCAUGCGAGGAUUGUGCACAAUAUUGCGCUGGGUGCAAAAGUUCUUGUACACCUGUUCGAAGCGACUCCGCUCUAGGGGCGGAAUGCGAAGUUCACCGGCGGCAGCAGCCAGCGAAUUUGGGAACUGAGCACUGGACGGGCCACCUCGCGGGGGAACUGGUCCGACAGCAGGCGGAGUUGGUCGCAUCUGGGGCGAGCCAUGACCGGCAGGGGGACCGUGUCCAGGAGGCGUCGAGUUAGAGGGCGUAUUGAAAGGCACUUGGGGCUGCGAAGGAUUCGACAUCCAAGCUGGUGGUGGAGGUGGUGGCUGAUUCAUCGGCCUACAAUGGGGUCAAGAACAAAUCCAGCAGAAAGCGGGACAACAUACAUAUUCCCACCUCCUUGACCAUUCACUUGCCCUUGCAGUUGCUGCUGCUGCUGGCUCAUCUGCUUUAGGAAAUGAAUCAGCCGAGCGUAGUAUUCCUUGCGAUUCUUCAAGUCCGCAGAAAGAUCGCGAACACGUUCCAUGAACGAAGCAUCGCCCAUCCGCGUGCGUUGGCUCGUUAGCUGCACCAGUUGAUUUUCCUGGUUUGUGAUUAUGUUUUUCAGGUUUGCCGCGCGCUCUUGCAACGUCGCAUAGGUCGCGCGGUUAGGAUGAGCGGGUCCACCGCCAUUCGGAGGUACACCAGGCUGCAUGGGCCCUGAAGGCGAAGGGCGUCGCAUCCCGUCGAGAUUGGGCUGCAUGACGGGGGAGAGGAAACUUUCAGCUUGUGGGGCCUGUCCUGAGCCCAUCCCAUUCGCCUGCCCCCCUACGGCGGCCUGAUGCUGCAUGCGAUUGGGAAAAUUCAUGGAUCCGUUCUGCGGCUGUUGGCUAUGGGCAAGCGCCAUAAGCUCUAGUUGCCUGUGGGUCGCCGGAUUGUUCGGUUGCUGGAAGGAUUGCAUCAUGUUGUUGCGGUUAUUGAGGGCUUGCAUGGACGGGUUCAUGUUCUGGAAGUUGGAGUGGGACUGACCAGGCUGCUGUUGGUUCACUCCGUCGGGGAAGGAUUGUGGAGAGGAUUGGUGCAAAGGAAAUUGGGCCUGCGGUUGGGGCUGCUGGCCAGCACGACUCAAUUGUUGUGAUCGCAUAAGUUCCGCAACCUAUCGCUCUCUUUAGUUCCUCUGCGAUACAGGAGAUGUUAUUGUCUUCAGUGGGGGUUUAGGACCCCUCCUGAACGCAACACACCUGAGGAUUCAAAUGCGACGGGUCCAUGGGAUUGCUGCCCGGUCGAAAUUGAUUCUGCAUCUGCUGCAUCUGGGGCCACUGGUCGGGAAAAGGCUGGUUGUGGUUGUCCUGCUGCUGCUGCUGGAGCUGGAGGUGGGACUGCCCCAUCUGCUGUCCCAGCUGUUGAUGCUGCACAACGCCCUGAGGAAAUCCAGCAGGGAGCAUGUUGUAGCGGUCAGCCAUAGCGGGUCGGCCGCGAGGGGCGAGGUUGGAGGGAAAUGGAGGAAGAGGUUGUGGUGUGUGAGAAGACGAGGUGUCGUGCUGUGUUUGUUCUGGUCUGGUCGCUGUUAGACUCACGCACGACUCAAGAGCCGGGGCGAUUGGACGGGCGAGUGCAACGAAGCAGUCGAAUCGUCAAGUUUGACCAAGGUGACCGAGAAGAUGAGAACAAAGGUUGCAAGUCACCACCGCGUCUCGCUUGCACUGCCAUUUGCAGUUCCCGGCCAUCACUCAGACACAAAGAGGAAAUAAGAUAAAAAGAAACUUCACGCCGAUUGCUGCUGGAGAGGAGGGGGGCCGAAGCUCCAGAUUCUAGGAUUAUAUCUUCAUCGUCGUCGUCGUAGUCCUCGGCCAACUCAUCGUCGUCUAACAAGCGCUGACCUGCAUCUUCGCCCGGCCUCGUAGUUUCAUAUGUAGGACGACUCGUCACAGAGACAUUGACAUCGGCAUCCUCAUCAGCAUCCCCCGAUUCCUCUUCUGCGAUUGCUUCGUCGACAUUAUCAUCGUCAGCACCCGCACGUUUGCCGAAAAAAUAUCUCAGCCCGACAGGUAUCAGCGCACCGGCGACGACUGCAGAGAGACCGAAGAAGUUCUUCCACGAGAUGAGAUGGAAAUCGUCUGAGCUGGUCAUUUCGUCGAGACCGCCCCCAAUCGUCGUGUGAAUGACGCUCACGCCUAGAAUUCCGAGGGCAGUCGUGAUCCAGAAGACGGGAAUAGUAAUUCCGACGUGCGGGGCAAGCAGAUUGAGAACCCAAUGCGGGGGAAGCGGUGCUAUGCGCAGCACAAUCAAGAACGAGAUCAUGUUAUCCUUGUCGAUGUGAGCCGUGGCCUGUAUUCAUAUUUGAGCAGCUCACUUGAUGUUUCUGGAUCCUGCGAGCCCACUUGUCAAGCAUGGCCUUCCAUUUGGGGAAGGUCAACAGAGCUGGUCCUAGAGCAUCUGAGAUCAGGUAACACAGUGUCGCGCCAGUCGCGACACAACAGCACACUAGAGGUAAAGCUAUGGGCACCCCCCACACAGCCCCGCCUAAUAUCGACAUAUACAUCGAUCCGGGCAGGGAGAAUGCCUG